AUGGUCGCCAUCAAAGACCUUAUGAAAGGCAGCCUUAAGUGGCUAUUCACAGUCCAAGCGGCUUUGCGGCAGGACAAGACAAACGGAAAGUGCGUCCUCGGCACACCGAAUGCCCCCAAGCUUCCGAACUUUUUGAACAACAACCCUUUGCCCAACGGCUUCCCGUGGGGCCCUCUGACAGCCGACGGCACGAACUACUACAAGCAGUGGCCCAACACUGGCGUCGUCCGCAACUACGACUUCACCAUCAGCCGAGGUGUCAUCGCCCCCGAUGGAUAUGAGCGUCAGGUCCUCCUGGUGAACGGAGCUUACCCCGGCCCCACCAUUGAGGCAAACUGGGGAGACUGGAUCCAGGUCACGGUUCACAACAACAUUGACAACAACCCCGAGGGUACCUCCCUGCAUUGGCACGGAUUCCGUCAGCAGAACACCCAGUGGGAAGACGGUGUCCCUGCCAUCAGCCAGUGUCCCAUUGCCCCCGGCAAGAGCUACACCUACAAGUUCCAGGCAUGCUACCCUCUACGGAACCUCUUGUAUGCCGGUGGUCUUACCGGCCCCAUCGUGAUCUACGGCCCUGGAAAGUCUGCCUACGACAUUGACGUCGGCCCCGUCUUCCUUUCUGAUUGGUACCACAAGCAAUACUUCGACAUUAUUGAGGAUAUCCUGACUCCUAAUGCCUCCGGCUUGGUCUUCUCUGACAACAACCUCAUCAACGGCAAGGGCAACUUCAACUGCUCCACUGUUGCUGCUGGAGACAAGACUAAGUGCACGAACAAUGCUGGUAUCUCCAAGUUCAAGUUCCAGACCGGCAAGACCCACCGUCUCCGUCUCAUCAACUCCGGUGCCGAGGGUACUCAGCGUUUCUCCAUCGAUGGACACACCAUGACCGUCAUCGCCAACGAUUUCGUCCCCGUCGAGGCCUACGACACCAAGGUCGUCACUCUCGGCAUCGGCCAGCGCACUGAUGUCCUCGUCAAGGCCAACGCCGGAAACUCCAGGAGCUCUUACUGGAUCCGCAGCAACCUCACCAGCUGCAGUCUGGCCAACCAGCCUCUUGGUAUCGCCGCUCUCUUCUACGACCAGGCGGACCAGAACCAGAACCCCACCAGCACUGCCUGGGACGUUCCCGACCCAGGCAACUGCGCCAACGACGAUCUUGCCAUCACCAAGCCAGUCAUGAAGCUUACUCCCCCUACCCCUAGCUACGUCAAGACCAUGGAGAUCCAGGUCACUCGCAACGCUUCUGGUAUUGUUCAGUGGACUCUUGACGGCGAGGACUUCCGUGGCGACUUCAACAGCCCCACCCUUCUUCAGACCAACAAAAACAACCUCACCUAUGCUGCUGACUGGAACGUCAAGAACGUCGCCAACAACGGUAGCGUUCGUGUUAUUGUGAGCAACAACAGCCCUGCAGCUCACCCUAUGCAUCUUCACGGCUUCAACAUGUACAUCCUCGCCGAGGGUGACGGCCUGACCUGGGACGGAACCAUUACCAACCCCACCAACCCCCAGCGUCGUGACGUCCAGCAGGUCCGCGCCAACGGCCACAUGGUCAUGCAGUUCGACGCCCAGGAGAACCCUGGUGCCUGGCCCUUCCAUUGCCACAUCGCCUGGCACGCAUCUGCUGGUCUCUUCUCUCAGUUCAUCGUCCAGCCCGAUAAGAUCAGACAGUUCCAGAUCCCAUCCAAGGUUGACCAGGUUUGCAAGGACUGGAGCGCCUGGACCAGCCGCAACAUCCCCGAUGUCAUUGACAGCGGUCAGUAA